AUGGAGAUCUUGGGGUUGCGGCAUGAUUCUUCCGAGAGGUCCCUGUUCUGUACAACUUAUAACCGCAGGAAGCCUGUGGAUAAAGGCAAGCGUAAAGAGAAGGGGGUUGCCGUCUCUAUGACUAGCUCUCCUGCUAGGAAGAUCAGAAAUAUGAGGAACAAGCUUAAUGACGAAGGAGGUGGUGCUGGAUCCAAGUCAUGCUCUAUUCCAAAUAAAGGGAAGCAGCAGAAGCCACCAUCUAGGAAAGAUGUACCUGAUGAUUCGUUGCAAGAUUACAUCAGGCAGCAGAAAUCUUACUUUGAAGAGAUUGAUGCAUUUGAAUUGCCAGAGGAGGAGGUAGCCUCUGUUAAUGAUUUGGACUAAGUGGAAGAGAUACAAGAGAUAUCCGUGAUCAGUGACCAGAGC